UAAACCACGUCCCUAAGUACCAUAGCUACACGUUUCUUGAACACCAUCUUUGUCUUGAUGGUUUCUGUGUGUUUCUGUGCGGGUCUGGUAGACUUCUACAAGGUGUCACAGAUUUUAGGACUCAAUCAAAAGAUGAACUUGGAAAGGAGAAGACUGCACCAGAGCAUCCUGCCCUAUGGUCCCUUGGGUGCCCUCUGCAGCUCCAUCUUCAUUAAUAAAUGCCAAAUGUGUUUGCACCAAGCAACAAUCGCCCUUAGCAGCGUUUUGUACUUUUAUCAAACCUAACAGGUUUAUCUCUUGUCCUCUAAUCCCCCAGCAGCUGGUGAGUUACUCACUGCUCCGUGUGCUUGGCAGGAGAGCAAACACUCCUGAUACGAGUGGGUGAAAUGUUAGUUCAGUCUCAUGGGCAGGGAAUGAAAAGUGGUGGUGCUACUGUUAUUGGGUUAAACACAGCUGUGCUGGGUACAGAGCAGCCUGUUACUCUCCUGGCACUUGUUUUCCAACCUGACUCAAAAACUUGUCCUCCAACUGGCGAUAAAACGCUGCUGGGAAAACCCUGCUGGUGGGGAGGACCUGGGCUGCAGAGCUCCUGGAUCCAGCUGAGCUGCAGGGACCCUUGCUGAAGUUGCAGACCCAAGAAGCUCAAUCCAAACAUGCAUGUCUUGAGGUUACCCGGCCCUUCUGAAGGCACAUGGCUGGAUGAUGACUACCAACAGGACCCAGAGCAAGUCCGGUGGAGGCCACCAGGAGGGACAGGAGGACAUCUCGUGAUGGGACACUGAGAUGGGCUGGUUUGGCCUGGAGAUGAGAGGGACCUAAUAGCAGCCUUCCCCUCCCUGUGAGGACAUUACUGAGAAAAUGGGACCAGGAACCCUAAGAGAGACGAUGGCAUCAACUAAAACAAGAGAUUCAGGCUGGACAUAUGAAAAUCUCAUCUCAUCUCAGCUACACCGUGAUCCACCUCAACGAAGACCUCAAUCCUGGCACCACAGCUGGGACCAGCUCACAAUCAUCAUCACAAACACAAAUAGGGUAUCCUAGCUAGGAAUCCUGUGAUUUGGAGUUAUGAAGCCAUAAAAGACCCCCCAGCUGUGGCACCAUCCCCUGGCCCACCCUACUCCCAUGGGAGCGUGUCCUCACUGUCCGUCUGUGGCAGCACCGGACUCGGAGGAAAAUGUUAUCAGAUCCUUCCCGACUUGGCUGUUCUUUUAUUGACUUCUCCAAAUAAAACAAACAUUUGGGCUCCCGGAAGCCAUCGCUGUCUUAUCUGCUUGUGGCUAGUGGCCCUGCAGGGACCGCAGAGGUGGCCUUGGUGGGGGACUAUAUAGGGGCCCAUAAAUGCAUUCGGGGCCCAAGGUUUACCAGCGCCUGCUCAACAUGAAGGUCCUCCUGGUCUUUGCUGCCCUCGUGGUGGGCACUUUCAGCGAGCAGCUUUUUGUGGGGGACCAGGUCCUCCGUGUCGUGGCCAGCAGUGAGGAGCAGAUUGCCCUGCUCAGGGCGCUGGGUGAGCAGGUGGAACUGCAGGUUGACUUCUGGCGCGACCCCACCAAGCCUGGGCGCCCGGCUGACCUGCGGGUGCCCUUCUCCAGGCUGCAAGCAGUCAAAAUCUUCCUGGAAUCCCAUGGCAUUUCCUACAGCAUCAUGAUCGAGGAUGUGCAGCAAUUACUGGAUGAGGAAAAGAGAACCAUGAUGCUGUCCAGGCGGAUGGAGAGAAGAGCCAACCAGUUCAAUUUUGCAUCCUAUCACACUCUUGAAGAGAUCUAUGACUGGAUGGACACCCUUGUGGCUGAUCACCCCAACCUCGUUAGCAAGAUCCAGAUUGGUGAGAGCUACGAGAAGAGACCCCUCUACGUGCUGAAGUUCAGCACUGGGGGAUCGAAUCGGCCAGCAGUCUGGUUGGACACCGGCAUCCACUCACGUGAAUGGGUCACCCAAGCCACCGGUGUGUGGACAGCCAACAAGCUCGCUGAAGAUUAUGGCCAUGACCCCACUGUCACCUCCCUGCUGGACACCGUGGACAUCUUCUUUGAGAUUGUCACCAACCCUGAUGGCUACGCCUUCACCCACAGCUCUAACCGCCUGUGGAGAAAAACGAGGUCCAUCAACGCUGGCUCCUCCUGCAUUGGUGUGGACCCCAACCGAAAUUGGGACGCGGGCUUUGGAGAUGCUGGCUCCAGCAGUAACCCCUGCUCUGAAACCUACCACGGCCCCUACGCCCACUCUGAGAGCGAAGUGAAAUCUAUUGUGGACUUCAUCAAAAGCCACGGGAACGUGAAAGCACUCAUCUCCAUCCACAGCUACUCCCAGAUGCUGAUGUUCCCCUAUGGUUACAAGAGGACACCCGCACCUGAUCAUGAGGAACUGAAUGAGUUGGCUAAAAAGGCUGUGAGCGACUUGGCUGCAGUAUACGGGACAAAAUACACCUACGGCAGCAUCGCAGACACCAUCUAUCUGGCAGCUGGCACCACCGUCGACUGGGCUUAUGAGAACGGGGUGAAAUAUUCCUAUACCUUUGAGCUGAGGGAUACUGGGCGCUAUGGCUUCCUCUUGCCCAGCAGCCAGAUCAUCCCCACUGCCACCGAGACAUGGCCGGCACUGCUGGACAUCUUGGUCCACGUCCAGCAGCACCCGUACUGAGCCCACUGGUGUAAAUGGGGAGGCGAACCCCAUUGGUCCUACCCCACCAUACUACUUAAUAAAGAAUCCCAUAGGUUCUAUGUGUUUUAA